GACGUCAUAGGUAUCCUGCACGCUGAUUGGCUGAUGGCAGGAUGCUUGGGUAUAAAUAGCGGACACAGCUGAUUGGUGUCCUUUCAGAGACGAGAAGUGGAAGGGAGUGGACGUGUAUGUGUGUGUAGUGGAGUGGAGUAAAGAAAAGUUAAAGAAAACUGACCUCCAGAAUGGCCUUGACCACCAGUGACCUCUCGCGACCUCUCCAGGAAGAUGACCCCGAGCUGCACGCCAUCAUCCAGAAAGAACGGACCCGCCAGUUCCGAGGGCUAGAGAUGAUUGCGUCCGAGAACUUCACAUCGCGCGCCGUCAAUGACUGCCUGUCCUCCUGCCUCACCAACAAGUACUCCGAGGGCAUGGUUGGGCAGAGAUAUUACGGCGGAAAUGAGUUCAUUGACCAAGUUGAAAUCCUCUGCCAAAGACGUGCCCUCCAAGCCUUCCGCCUCGACCCGCAGGAGUGGGGGGUCAACGUCCAGCCCUACUCCGGCUCCCCCGCCAACUUCGCCGUCUACACCGCUCUGGUCGAACCCCACGGCAGGAUUAUGGGGCUUGACCUCCCCGACGGUGGGCACCUGACCCAUGGCUUCUACACGGCCACCAAGAAGGUCUCGGCCACCAGCAUCUUCUUCGAGUCCAUGCCGUACAAGAUUGACCCCAAGACGGAGCUCAUUGAUUACGACAAGCUGGAGGAGACCGCAAGACUGUUCAAGCCACGGAUGAUCAUUGCCGGUGUGAGUUGUUACCCGCGUCACCUGGAUUACAAGAGGUUCCGGGACAUCUGUGACCAGAACGGGUCGCUCCUUUUGGCGGAUAUGUCCCAUGUCAGCGGACUGGUGGCGACCAAGUUGACCUCCGACCCAUUUGAGUAUUGCGAUGUCGUGACCACCACCACCCACAAGACGCUGAGGGGCCCGAGGAGUGGGGUCAUCUUCUACAGGAAAGGCCAGAAGGGUGUUGACAAGGACGGGAAACCAAUUCUCUAUGACUAUGAGAACAAGAUUAACCAAGCAGUCUUUCCGGGGCUCCAGGGCGGCCCACACAACCACCAGAUAGCCGCCGUUGCCGUGGCUAUGCGUCAAGCCGCCCUCCCCGCCUUCAGGGACUACCAGAUUCAGGUGGUCGCCAAUGCCCAGGCCUUAGCGGAGGGCCUCAAGACAGCUGGGUACAAGGUCGUGACGGGUGGUACAGACAACCAUCUGGUCUGGCUCGACUUAAGAUCGGUCGGGCUCUCGGGAGGCAAGGGAGAGAGGGUGCUGGAGGAGGUCUCAAUAUCUGUCAACAAGAACACUGUCCCAGGGGAUAAAUCGGCCCUCAACCCCAGUGGUAUUCGUAUCGGCACCCCGGCACUGACCACGAGGGGCAUGAAGGAGGAAGACAUGAGGAAGAUUGUGGCCUUCAUGGAUGAGGCCUUCAAGGUCGCCAAGGAGGUCCAGGAAAGGUCAGGUCCCAAACUCGUGGACUUCAAGAGGACCUUAUCAAGUGACCCAGGGUUCAGAGGUCAAGUCGAUGACCUCCGGGGCAAGGUCGAGGACUAUGCCGCCAAGUUCCCUCUGCCCGGGCGACCUGACCUUUGAACUGAGCCGCUGGUGGUGGUUGAGUUUGGUUGAGGUCAGGUCAGGUCAAGGGGUCAGUUUGUGUUAUUUUUGUUGUUAUUGUUAUUUUUUUGUUAUUUCUUCUUCCUCUUCUUCCUCCUCCUCCUCUUCUCUCUUCUCUCUCUCUCUCUCUCUCUCUCUCUCUCUCUCUCUCUCUCUCUCUCUCCUCCAUUCCCUUCCUUUCUCUCCCUUUUCCUCCUCCAUUCCCUCCCUUUCUCUCCCUUUCUCUCCAUAUCCCUCCCUCUUUCCUCUCUCUCCUCCAUUUCCUCCUCCAUAUCUCCCUCCAACCAUGUCCUACCUACCUCCAGCAAUAUAUAUUAAACUCCUUCACUAACCUCUAUGUCACCGAGGCCUCUUUGUACCGCAGUAAAGAGAGGAUUGCUCUAUAAAUGAAGGUUAUAUUUGUAUGGUUAAAUUAAUACAGGGCUUCCAACUGUAUGAUUUUUCUGCCGUGAGGAAAAUAAUAAAGUAUUUUUGCAAUUUGA